AUGUCGCGCCAACAUGCCCGGUCGUGGGCCGGCAUCCUUUCGCUCCUUGUCCUCCACCUUCUCUUCGCUGCCGUGACGGCCUAUCAGAAACUAUCCGACGAUUUUCUGCGGAACAUUACCAUAAAUGACGCCGACUUUGACAUCAAUAAUGGCGGGCUCCUUGCGCCAUUGCUCAUACCCCGAGUCCCCGGUACGCCCGGCCAAUUGAAGGCCCAAGAACACCUGGCGGGUUUCUUUCGAAAGGAGCUGCCAAAGUGGCAGCUAAUAUGGCAGAACUCGACCUCGACGACGCCGGCAACGGGCAAAAAGAAGAUACCCUUUGCGAAUCUGAUUGCGCGGAGAGAGCCGCCGUGGACGAAGCCGGGACAAGCCAACUACUUGACACUGGUGGCGCAUUACGACAGCAAGCUGAAGCCAGACGGGUUUAUCGGAGCAACCGACAGUGCUGUCCCGUGCGCAAUAUUGCUUCACGUUGCAAGAUUUGUCGACGAGUACAUGCAGCGGAUGCAUGACGAGAUGGUGGCACUUAAUGAGCUUGGAGGUACCGUGGCGAUGGACAUGGGCGUGCAAAUACUACUCCUCGACGGAGAGGAAGCGUUCGUGUCGUGGACAGCCACGGACUCCCUUUACGGCGCUAGAAGUUUGGCAGAGGAGUGGGAGGCUACUUUCAACCCGGCUACUUCUAGCUACAAAACUCCAUUAGAGCAGAUCAGUAUGUUUGUGCUGCUCGACUUGCUGGGUGUGGCAAACCCCAGCAUCCCGUCAUACUUCCAAACCACGCAUUGGGCAUAUCAAGGCAUGUCAACCGUUGAGCAACGGCUACGAGAUCUUGAACUUCUGGAGUCCCGUCCUUCGAGGCCGUUCUUACCCGAAGCCGACAAGAUGCCAGAGCAGUUCAGAUCCAAUGGUAUUUCAGAUGAUCACAUUCCCUUCAUUACUCGCGGAGUAGACACCCUUCAUCUGAUCCCCUCGCCAUUUCCAUCAGUGUGGCACACACAGAAUGAUGACGGCGCACAUUUGGAUCUGGCAACUGUCAGGGAUUGGACCAAGAUUGUGACUGCAUUUACAAUGGAGUGGCUGGAUAUGAUGGAAUUGGUAGCGGAAUGA